ACACAACAAUGGAAACCGGAGUGGGAAGUAGUCAUAUUCAUCCUUGUUCUGAGGGUGCCAUGGCAAAUGAAGAACUUCCUCUUUAAUCUUGUAACCUGUACUGAAGUCGCGUCUUGUUUUUAUUUAUUUUUGUUUUAUUUAUUUAUUUAUUUAGUUAGUUGUAUUUUUCUCAAAACCUGGGGAUAUCUGAGUGCCGAGGUCACAGAGAGUUGGUGGCUCGUUGGAUUUUCAAGCAGGAAUGGCCACUGCAAGGCUCGAUUACGUCGCUCCGUGGUGGACAUACUGGCUGCACAAUUUCCCGCACUUCAGCUUCUUUUUCCAGUCGGUCGACAACACUUUCAAACCGGAGGAGGCGAGCUACCAGCAGUCUUUGAUACUUCUAGCAUGUGUUGGUGCAGUGGGUCUCGGUCUGAGCCUGCUGGUUCUGGCAGUAUACCUGGCCUGCCUCUGCUGCUGCCGCAAGGACGUAGAAGAAGACACCAAAAGACCCGAAACCUGCUGUGUCACCUGGGCUGCCAUCAUCGCAGGUCUCAUCAUAUGUUCUGCUGUAGGACUGGGUUUCUAUGGAAACAGUGAGACCAACGAUGGGGUUUACCAGCUGACCUACUCACUCUACAAUGCCAAUCACACGUUGGGUGGCAUCAAUAAUCUGGUUGGUGGAUCUGUGGGCAAUGUGGAAACUGGACUUAAACAGCACCUGGAACGGCUGGAUGAGAUCUUUGCUACGAGGACCGACUACCUCCAAGCUCUGCGCUUCAUGCAGCUGAUGGUCAACAAUGUCAUCCGUGAGCUAACCACUCUGCCAGACAUCAACAAAGCCAAUGCUGACUUGGCAGCCAUUGCUGACCAAAUAGCCUUCACUGAAUAUUGCAGAUGGCUGGCCUAUCUGCUGCUGCUGAUCCUGGAUCUGGUCAUCUGCUUGGCCUUGUGCCUUGGGAUGGCCAAGCAGUCUCGAUGGCUGCUCAUCACGAUCAUGGCUUUUGUAAUGCUGUCUCUGAUCCUGAGCUGGGCCUCGCUGGGAGCGGGCACUGCUACAGCUGUGGGCACCAGUGACUUCUGUGUGUCUCCAGACAAGUUUAUUGUUAACCAAACCAAGGAUUUCCUCAGUGCAGAUGUUGCACACUACUAUUUGUUCUGCAGCCCGAAUCUACCGAACCCCUUCCAACAGUCUCUGACAAUCUGCCAGCGUUCUGUGACCACCAUGCAGAUCCAGAUCCAGGGUUUGCUGCAGUUCUCGGUGCCCGUCUUCCCCACUGCUGAGAGAGACCUUUUGGGGAUCCAACGAUUGUUGAACUCCACUGAGUUCAGUCUGCACCAGCUAACAGCCUUGCUUGACUGCCGUGGGCUACAUAAGGACUACCUGGAUGCCCUAAUGGGUGUGUGCUAUGAUGGGGUGGAAGGGCUCCUGUACCUCUCUUUGUUUUCUCUGCUGGCUGCCUGUGCUCUCUCUGCCAUGCUGUGUGCGAUUUUCCGAGUAUGGACACUAAUGGGCAGCAGGGACAAAGAGUAUGAUGACAUAGACGAGGAGGACCCGUUCAACCCUCAAGCACGGAGGAUAUCCUACAACCCGAGAAGGUCCAACAUCCACAGUUUCUGUAGCUAUACCAGCAGCCUUGGCAGUCAGGCCAGCCUUCAUCCACCUCCACAAUCUGCUUCUAAUGCCAUGCCAGCCCCUGAAUACAUGAAUCAGUCCAUGCUGUUUGGAGGGAGCCCUCGAUAUGAGAACGUGCCACUGAUAGGGAGAGGAUCCCCGCCUCCCUCGACCUUUAAAAACCUAUUCGCCCAGUAUGAGGACCACCUAUCUAUCUAUGACUGAUGCCCAGAUCAGACACUUUGGGACUGACUUCCAGGUGUAGCCUGCUACCCACUGAAUCCUUUUUCAGAGAAGCACUGUAUGAGACUCUGGGUUCUUACCAAAGAGGCUGUCUUCAUGGCAUAAUCCUGUUUACGGGAGCUGCAGCCCACCGUCCCAAUCUGAGACAUGAAAGCAGGCCAAAUGAGGCAAUGACCUCAGUAACACACCAUUGCAGUGCUCUGAAAGCACCGCAUGCAGUUUUGAACAAAGACGGCCUGUACAGGUUCAUCUCAAGACUGUUAUUGUUGUGAUGUGUGGAAAUACUGUUGCUCAAAUGUAAGCAUUUCUGUGAGCCAAAUUAAGAGCAUUUGAGCUGAAUGGAUUAAAAAAAAUGUUUUUUGCUUUUCAUAUUUUCUGGUGGCCUGCAUGGAUAUGAUCAUCAGCAUGGUCAGUAUUUUGAUGUGAAGUGAGAUGGUGGAGUAUGACUAAUGCUCAGACAAUCAACGCUGUUUGUCACUGUUUUCUUUCCCUGCUUCUAGAUGUGUAACUGCCACUUUUAAGCAUCUCUUGGUUCUUGUUGUAACACUGGAUUGCAAUGUAUGAUCUGUUUAUCAAGGAUGAGUCAAAUAGCCAUAGAUGAGAGGGUUUAUUGUUUUGCUCAAUUUGGAGACUGUACUGCAGCUGCAUGUGGGGAAAUUCCCUUGGACUAAAUAAGAACAACAGAAUGUGAUUCGAUUCACAUGCAGGCAUUUAUAACUGUGUUGUGAGACAAUGACAGCAAACAAGACAAAACUUUCAGUAUGUCUAUGUGCUGUGUUAUAAUCAUAUAAGAUUGAAGUUUGCUCUCAAAUCCCUCUACCCUCAAUAUCUUGUGAAUGAGAAACUGUUAUUUACAUUGAUACAUUUUGUUUUGUAUGUUGGAUGACAUAUCAAACUAAAAUGAUGUU